AUGACAUUCCAAUCGGACAAUGGGAAGGCAUUCGCAGGGGACCUGACAAAAGAAUUAAUGAGAAGAUCCCACAAUUCGCAGGCUCAUUCAACGACCUACCGUCCACAAACGAAAGGACUAAUGGAGAAACAGAACAGAACACUAGUGAAUAUGCUCCGGGUGUAUUGCUCGAGAUUUAUGACCUACUGGGACAAAUAUCUGCCGCAGCUGGUAGGGGCGUACAAUAGCACGCAACACUUGACAACAGGGAUCAGUCCCUUCAUGAUGUUAACAGGUAGAGAGAGAGAGAGAGAGGGAGAGAGCGCGAUGCCCCUGACCUUGUUCUAUCCUGAAAAUGUGGGAAAGAAGACGUCGCCUCAGGCAUAUGCAAAGAAAUCAGUCAGGAGACAACAGAAAUUGAACGAGCUGUGCAGAAGGAACACAGCACAGGCACAAAUGAGACAGCGGAGAAAGUACGACAGAAAAACACUUCAAGUGAAGCCGUACGUUGUGGGACAAUACGUCUGGGUGUUUCAGAACAUCAUACCCCCACCAGGGACAAAAAAGCUAUUGAAGAAACGGAGAGGGCCGUUUAUGAUAACGGAAGUGCACCAGCAGGAACAGUUCUACCGCUUGAGUACAGGGCGUGCGGCGCACUACGAAAUCUGA